UACAUAGACUACAUACAUUCAANUGAACUGGGCCAGGCCAAAAGCAGCUUGGCACUGCGGUGAGACUUCUCGCAGAAAACCGCACCUGUUUCCCACCACUCGAACGCCCCAUCGAAAGGUCCUCCAAGACGAUUAGCUCAAGUCGCGAAGCAGCAAAAAAAAUCAAUAGCCCUUCAGGCCCGGGGACAGCAUUUCAACGUCCCCGGGGUUGCAGAAAACACCUCCACACUCCUCAUCCCCCCUCCCCCCGUGCCGCGCCCCCCGAUCUCCGUCCGCGCACCGUUUUGCCCAGUCCCCCUCGGUGUUGCCAUCGGGAUUGGGUUUUCGUCGCUUGGCAACGACUGCCCCCUACUCCUCCCUGCGCCUCGCCCUCCAGCUCCCUGCCCGCCCCACCCGCCUCCCCGCCCGCUGCUCCGUCCGCCGCUCCGCCCGCCACCCUGCCCAAGAUUGGCCUCCCUCGCUGCCCUUGCCUCUGUACGGGCCUAGGCGUUGUCCACCUUUACUUUCUCAGCUGCCUCUUUCUCUUUUUGUUCUUCCUGGCCUUAGCAAGGCGCUCUUCGGCCGACAGGAGACCGCCCUCGGGCUUCGCCCCGCCCGCCCGAACGGGCGAAAGACUUGGAGCGCUUGGUGAGGCGGGUGAGUCCGCCGAGGAACACGGUGUUCACGCGGAGCCCCUCGAUCAUCACUCCCUGUCGUUUCAGCUCCAGGAGGGCAGCGUGGCCGAGAUCUUCUUCGUGCUUCUUGGAGGCAACGACGGCGAGGUCUUCAGGGAUAGGGCGGUCAUUCUCCCGUUGUUUCCUCUUGCUGGGUUGUCGGUUGAUGGCCUUCUCCAUGUUCACCGGCCACAAGUCCGCCCCUUUGAACGCCGCCAUGUUAUUCGCAGGCGUGAAGCUCCCUCUCCAUGCCUCCGCCAUCACGCCAGCCAUGUCGCGCUUCACCGGACUCCUCCCCCCGAUUUUCAGUGGGUAGGCCGUGAGCACCCUGGUGAGCUCCUUCUUGAAAGGUUCCGAACGUACCAACGUCCAAGGGUUGGGUGAUGUGCGAUAUGUGGGACGGGAGCUGGAAGAGGUCGAUGUACGAAAUCUGUUUAAAUCUUCCUCCUUGCACAGGACAGUCCCGGGACCAACCCUCGCAUCUAUGGCCACCUCCUUCUCCACACGGCGAUGGAGCGAGGUCGGGUUCAACCCGUAGGUGUCCGCAGCAACCCUAAACGACAUCUCACCGCUGCGUACUGCAUCGACAGCCUCCUGGGCCCGCUCUGGGUCUACUCUCGCCGCGAAUUGUGGGCGGAGAUACGUUCGUUUAUAUAUGUGUUCCUUAGUCUAACCCUUUUGGGUCUACAGGCGUCCUGACUGAUCAUUGAUUGAUCACUUGCAAAUGAUGGUGUUGUGGCAUGCCAUGGAGUUGUUACCCUGUAUCCCUCCACGCCAGGUGUUGGCAAGUCAAUAGGUAGGUGUGUCUUUAUUAUUCGCAUCGACCCCGCUACCCGGUUACCAAUACAAAGAC